AUGGAUGCGUCCGGGCUCGUUCAGCAUUCUCAAACCCAGUGGAGCAGCCCAAGUUCUGACUCCGAGCUCUACAGCAUCUCCUCACCCGAGACAGUCUCUCCGGCUCCUUCUGUGGACCUAAAUGCUUCUCUUCAAUUUACCAAGCUUUCCAAGGUUGCUGCUAAACUUACCAAGGCGGCAGAUUCUUCUCAAACCCUCGGCAGGAGGACACGCAGGUCCAGGCUGAAGAACCCCAGCGAACAGCGUCAGAACGCCAGUGAGAAGGAAAAGCUGAGGAUGAGGGACUUGACCAAAGCUCUGCACCAUCUUAGGACUUACCUUCCACCGACGGUGGCUCCUGUCGGGCAGACGCUGACCAAGAUCGAGACUCUUCGUCUGACCAUCCGCUACAUAUCCUACCUGUCAGCUCAGCUCGGCCUCAGUGAGGAACAUCUGUCCCAGAGGAAGCUCAUGAGCGGCGAGGAACAGUGGAGAGAAGCUCCGGAGAUAUUGGGCUACUUUCAGUGCACGUCCGCGUCCAGGCAGUGGCCACAGGGACAAAGAUACAGUAAUUAUGCAGGACAUGAUCAGACCGGGAGCGGUAUGGAAUACACAGAGCAGAGGUCGGAUGUGAGCCAGAACAGGACGCAGGUCUUACAGAACGAUCAGAUGAUGGAUCAGAUCUACAGCUCAGACACCAGCAGCUUUCAGAGCAGCUUCCAGACUCAGUCAUGUCAGGUUUACGGUUAUCAGCUGGUCCCUCAGGCCUUCUGGAGCUGA